ACCGGCCGAUUUAUCAAAAAGUUAUGAGCAUCUUAUCACCGCUAGGUGGGAUUCAUGUGCAGUAUCGAAAACAUAACAUGACUUUAAUAUUUUGCUAAACAUUUUCUGAUACCCACAUUUGUGUAGACUUUCUUUCUUUAAAAAUUACCAUCUUAAUGUCAAAAUAGUUUCGAAUCGGAGCAUCUGUCUCCCUCGCACUCUGACGGCGAAAUUAAAGAAUUUAAAAAACAUUUUUGGGUAAACUACAAAACGAAUAUUAAUAGCCUGAUUUUAGUGUACGUUUUUUUUAAGAAUAAUCAUUUAAGAAUGAUUCGUGGGCCCUCGCAUAUUAUUUAAAUUCUUCAGAUGAAGAUAUUCCAAAAGUAGAAAAAACUAUCCUAAAUAGACCGAGAUAUUCUAACAAAUUAAAAUCCUUGUUUCAAGUUCGGUUCUGUUCUCCGUUUUAUCUAGAUAAUUAUCACACCUAAGAAUACGUUUUGAUACAGCCUACUCAAACUGUUGAUUUUAUGAUCUCAUCAAGCCUUAAAUUGGAUCUGAUGCUCUACAUAUUUCGCCCGAAAUCCAUAUACCCUUAGAAUUCAUGAGUACAUGGUACAAAAAAACGAGGAGCCCAUCAAAAGGCGAUGACGUUCGCUUAAUUUGGAGCGUUGGAAUAAUUUAUGGGAAAGGAACGUAGGUCGGGAAACGGGGAAUAGUGAAUGAAGCGCGAAACGAAUGCCAUUGCGCAUUUCGCGCACUCCGGAAACGAGUGGAAAGGAGAGGAACGUGGAACGUGCCGAAAAACCACGCUGUGGGAAAAGAGACAGACAGCAGAAAAAGCGGAAGAGUCCAGCGGGUCAAGACUGGUCGCGCAUGAAGUGCAUUUCGAGGGCACCUGGCUAGCUUUAACUACCAAAAUGAGACAUCCGUACGAUUUGCCCAAGUCCAGUGCAACCAAUCGGAAAUCCUUCGAUUAAUUAAUGAAGUUCACCGAAAUUUCACAUAAGAUGCCAGACGUGAAAAAGUAGGUAUUUUAGUCUGGUCACACUUGCAUAAAAAGUAAACAAACCAAACAACGCGAUGGAUAAAGUUAAAUUUUUGAUUUACAAUCGGCAAAUAAGAACCGGAAAUUUAAUUUCCAAAGUCGCUGAGUGGAGGCACAGAAGAUCGAUGGCUUUAUUAAAAGCGAGGCGGUUUUUGGUGGCCAGGAGUCACAGGAUGCUGAUGCAGGUUUACCCGGCUGCAACCGCGACUCUCAGCCUGAGGACAUCCAGAGUGCGAAGAUUUAGGAGCAGGCCAAGAAGCAAUGCAUUUUGGUUACUUAUGCAAGAGCCAAAAAAUGAAAAUUUGUUUUUUGAAAACUUAAGGAUGUCCAAGAGUUCAUUUUUCGAACUGUGCGAAUUGCUACGUCCCCACAUACCGGUGCAGAGCAUGUUUCUAACCGUUCCAGUUCCCUUGGAGAAACAAGUUGCGAUCUGCGUAUAUAAACUGGCGACCUGUGCCGAGUAUCGAGUGAUUGGGGAUGUAUUUGGAGUACAUAAAAGUACUGUGCACAAGUACUUUCAUAUUGUGGUUAAGGCAAUAUUGAAACUUACGAGUGAAUUAAUUUCAUUCCCAAAACUGGAUGAAUGCAUUCAAAAUGCAAGUGCAUUUCAAAAAAUGUGUCACAUUCCUAACGUGAUUGGAGCUAUUGACGGAACACACAUUCCUGUUAAAGCCCCAAAAAUUGGGUACAUGGAUUUCGUCAAUCGAAAGGGAUGGACAUCGAUGGUCAUGCAAGCUGUAGUUGACAACAAUUACUUGUUUAGAGACGUCAGCAUGAAAUUUCCAGGAAGUGUCCACGACGCCACGGUCUUUAAAGAAUCGGGAUUUUUAAAGAACCAUAGCCGAAUUAUUCCGGAAUUUUUAAAACUGGUGGGCAACAAGGAGAUUCACUUCAUUAUCCUGGGAGAUCCGGCAUACCCAUUGCUACCGUGGCUUUUAAAACCAUAUACCGGACACUUAACUCCACAGGAAGAGUCGUUUAACUGCUACCUUAGCACGGGCAGAAUUGUUGUAGAAAAUGCCUUUGGUCGAUUAAAAGGACGCUGGAGGUGCCUGGCCAAAAGAAUAGAUAUUAAUUAUAAAUUUGUGCCAUAUGUUGCUUUGGCUUGCGCGACACUUCAUAACUUCGUCGAAAUAAGAAAGGAGAAGUUUACGCCAAUCAACGAGUAUGAAUGUAACCAGCAACCACCGGACUGGCAUUGUAACCAAGUACUGGAAUCUUCUGAAUGCGAUCCAUCUGACCUUAGGGAACACCUUAAGGAAUACAUUGUUUCUAACUUUCCUUUGCGAAGCAGUUCAAAAUAA